ACUAAUAUUUUAAUAUCCGAAAAAAGUAAUACGCGUUAAUUUUGUCACGAUGACUGAAACAUCUGUGUCUCCAGCUCCGGUUGAGGAGAAGACUGUUGCCAAGGUCGACGCUCCUAAAAAAGCAGCACCGAAAGCCAGAAAGCCAGCGGCAAAGCCAACCCAUCCGAGCACUGCUGAUAUGGUAAAAACUGCCAUAAAAACUCUUGGUGAACGUGGAGGAUCAUCUCUUCAGGCUAUCAAGAAGUACAUCGCUGCGACCUACAAGGUCGAUGUUGAAAAACAAGCGCCGUUCAUCAAAAAGUUCUUGAAGGCAGCUGUUACCAAAGGAGCUCUGGUUCAAACUAAAGGAAAAGGUGCUUCUGGGUCAUUCAAACUUCCAGUUGAAAAAGCUGCAUCCAAACCAAAAGCUACAGGUGUGAAAAAAGCUGCUCCGAAGAAACCUGCAGCGGCUAAGAAACUAGCUGCUAAGAAGACUGCAGAAGCCAAAUCUCCAGCAAAGAAAGCUGCUGCUCCUAAGAAGACAGCAGUGAAGAAACCAGCUGCAGCAAAAAAACCAGUUCCUGCUAAAGCUCCAGCUAAACCUAAAUCCGCUGCACCAAAAGCCAAGAAAGCAGUCAAAGGUCCAACAGCUAAACCUAAAUCACCUAAACCUAAAAAAGUCGCUGCACCAAAAACACCUAAAGCUGCAGCUAGGAAAGCACCUGCAACAAGAAAAUAAAUUCAUAAUCUACUCAUAUAAAUAUUUAAAAAUAAAACGGCCCUUUUCAGGGCCAAACAAAUUUUUCAAAACGUAAAAUACUCUUUAAGUUGAAUUUAGUUUAAUUACUUUGACACACUAUGGCCUUAAACAAUCCCUGUCUAAAAAUAUUGAUUGAAAAGAAUUUAAAAUGAUAAAAUUUGAAUUCGUUCGUUUGUAUAUAUAGUUAUACAGUUUGCAUGGAGUAACUGCUUCUCAAUUCUUUUCAAUCAGUAUUUAUAACCAGGCAUAAUUCAUGCACAGAAAGAACAGUUCUGUAGACAUUACAGACAAGUCUGAAGUUUACAGAAAUUUCUCUGUAAAUUGACUUGUGUAAUAUUCACAGCACAAAACAUGUAAUUUUUACAUUUCGAGGCUGUAAUAAUUGCAAUUAUUUAUAUAAGUAAUUCAGAGCGACUUAUGUAAAUAUAUUAUCUAAGCAGGUAAUAAUGCAGGGGUUAUUUCUUAUCAAAAAUUUCAAUUUUUAAAUGCUUAGUAAUUUUUAACAUAUCCUGGUUUAUAAUUUUCCAAAAAAAAAAACCGAUUGUUUAUUACAAUACUGAAAUUAGCCGACGACUAUCAAAAAGAAAAAUAUUUUAAAAAAUUGCACGUGAAGUUUUUUUAAAUUUCUAUACGUGCAUAUUUUUAUUUUUUUUAUAAAUUAUCCUUUUGAAAAAAUUUAAAAAUUAUUAGACGUGGGCUAACUUCAGGAUCAUUUUUUUUUUACAUUUUUCGAAAGAAUGAGUAUCUAAAAAUAUUGUGGAAAAGUCUAGAACGGCAUAAUUUUUUCUCCCUGCCUUUAUUCAUUCAAACAGCUGCUUGCUUCAAAGAGGUCAGAACAAAGUAAAAGAAGGCUGGAGUUGAAAAAAUCAUUUUUUAAAGAGAAAGAAGGCAUCGCUGAUUAAGUUGAGGUUAAACUUUUUCACAAAUUAUUAUUUAAGAAAAUUUUAAACGAGUUUUUCUCAAAACAACUCUUAUUGUUCUUUUUUUAAAUGUUAGCCAUUUUAUUAUUUAUCAAUGAAUAUAAAUAUCGAUAGAACUCGUGAGAGCCACAGUCAUACUGAAUUCAAGCAUUUUAAAAUUUUUUAUUUUAGAUGAGUCGUUAUCGGGAUAUCAAAAUGCUAUCAGCGACAUCUAUUUUUUGCCUGUUAUUUUUCGGUCUAAAAAGUGUGCAAAAUAAUUAUAAAAGAAUUAUUUCAUGUAUUUUAAGGGUGUA